GUUUCGGUCCGGUCCGCUAGGUGGCGGUAGUGCAUCGUAAGGCUAUUUGCCAAACCGUUUCUCCAAAUAGAAAACCAGGAAGAAAACAUGAAUGUAGCCGAGCGGCUAAUGCUAACUAGUUGGACGUUAAAUGUUUCAAGGUAAUUCUGAAAAACAGGAUUAAUUAAGAAUAAAUUGAACUUGGAAUUUAUAAGGGACCGACACCGAGCUACAUAUAAAAGUGAAUGAAGAGAUGCAGGCUGGUGACCCAGGGGUCGGCGCAUCAGUUGGGGUGUCAGGUGUUCAGAGCCGGUCGGAGGAUGAAGAGUCGCUUGGUGUGAAAGAUGUGAAAAGGACAGCAACACAAGCAUUUGGAGUCGGUGUUCCCAAGAGGAGAAGUUCAUCCAGGUCAAUAAAAAGAAAGAAGUUUGACGAUGAGCUGGUGGAGAGCAGCCUGGUGAAGUCGUCCAGUCGAGUCAAAGGGCCUCCUGUCAUGGAGCCUAUUCGCUGUUUGGGCAGUGAACCUUCACCUAUAGAAAAGAAAAAAGUGACAAAAUCAGGAACUGCUCUCACACCGCCUCUCGCCAUGAUGUUAAACCCUUCACCUCUGCCCAAAAGAGUGAAGAAAACCAAGCAGCCUUUAAAUAUGACUAAAGAUCUGGGACGCUGGAAACCCACAGAUGACCUUCUGCUAAUAAAUGCUGUGCUACAGACUAGUGAUCUAACUUCAGUUCAUCUGGGGGUGAAGUUCAGCUGUCGCUUCACCUUGAGGGAAAUUAAAGAGAGGUGGUACGCUUUGCUGUACGACCCCGUCAUCUCCAAGUUGGCAUGGCAGGCCAUGCGGCAGCUCCACCCGGAGGCAAUCGCAGCAAUCCAAAGCAAAGCUCUGUUCAGUCAGGGGGAACAGGCGCUGCUGGCCAAGAUUGGCUCAACCAGUCAGCCUAAAAUGGACAUUUUCCAGGAGCUUCUGAGCAAACACCCGGGCAUCUUUCACCCGUCUCGCACCCCCAAGAGCCUGAUGGUUCACUGGCAGCUGCUGAAGCAGUACUACCUGCUAGACGACCAGAGCGUUCAGCCCCUUCCUAAAGGUGACCAAGUCCUCAACUUCUCUGAUGCAGAGCAGAUGGUUGACGAUGUGAAAUUAAAGGACAGCAGAGACGAGGUGUUGGAACACGAGCUGAUGAUUUCAGACCGUCACCAGAAGCGGGAGAUCAGACAGCUGGAGCAGGAGUUGCCUCGGUGGCAGGUUCUAGUGGACAGCAUCACAGGGAUGAGCAUGCCCGACUUCGACAAUCAGACACUGGCAGCGUUACGAGGAAGAAUGGUGCGGUACCUCAUGAGAUCAAGAGAGAUUACACUGGGCAGAGCGACGAAGGACAAGCAGAUAGAUGUAGAUCUGUCACUAGAGGGACCCGCUUGGAAAAUAUCCAGAAAACAAGGAAUAAUUAAACUGAAGAAUAAUGGAGACUUCUUCAUUGCUAACGAGGGCAGGCGGCCCAUUUACAUCGACGGCAGACCGGUGCUGUCAGGCAACAAGUGGAAGCUAAACAACAACUCAGUGGUGGAGAUCGCAGGCCUCCGCUUCGUCUUCCUAAUAAACCUGGAGCUCAUCUCACUGAUCAAAGCUGAAGCUGCUAAGAUGACACAGCAGUGAAAGGCCAAGAAGAAAAGGACUCGCAAUAACCGUGACCCUCAGUGCGACUCUCUGACAGACUAAAUCCUGGAGCAACAUGUUUAAUGUGCUGUGUGGAUAUUUUAUUUGUAAUGCUGACACUCACGGUUCAGUCCUGCUGUGUCCAGUUUUUCAGAACGUUGUAUUUAAAUUCUCACACCAAGCUUUUUUUAAAAAUAAUAAACUUGUUUAAUACGUG